AUGGCACGUGGACAAGAAAAGGCCCCAUGGCAAUCUACCAAGUGUACUUUUUCCAACAAGAUUCUGAUGGGGGGAUACCCGAGGUAUUUGAUUGAUCUUGGUCGUGUUUCAAGGAACUUCAUACAGGUGGCCAUGGUGGUGGUGGUGAUGCAACGAAGCCGUGCAUGA